AGUGGCCGGCAGAUUAUCGCAUUUACUGGCCGUUAAUGUUUAAUUUCGUUUCGGAAUAUGUAUAUGCUGCAGAUGCUUGACGCAACCAGCGGGAAACGAUGGACGAUCGAAGUAUUCCUCCCUGCGGGAAAGUUCUUUUUAUUGAAGAAAUACAUGAAAUAAUUUCUAUGGCUAAUAGUUCUGUAGAUGGGAAAUCCGUCAGGGUUACUGGAAGACUCGAAAGACACAACAUUGAGUCGAGUACAGCUGUUUUAGUUGAUCCAAGAUCCAAUAAAAGCUUGUUAAUAGACACUCGACUCAUUGAACCCUUUCCAGAAAAACUGGGUAGUCUGUUUCAGUUUAUAGGGGAGCUAGAAGGUGUUGACAGGAGUCUGGAUGUCACUUUACGAGCUCGAGUUGUUCGAUGUGUGGACGGCUUGGAUCUAUCUCUAUAUAAUCAAGCUAUCCAAGCUCAGAGACGAUUUCUUAAACAAGAUAUCAAAUUAUAACAAGUGACUGAACUUAUUCUAAAUCAAGUAUUUAGAAAUUUGGAAUACCACAGCGUUUUGUGAAAAACUUACCAUAAUGACUGGCACUCAACGUGUUCUAAAUGUUAAGACAGACACUCAAAGGAAUUUGUGGAAAGCUUGACGAGUGGGAGACCAAUGCUAACUGGCACUUAACUUAUUCGGAAUAGCCUAGAGCUUGUUGUGGAAUAGUUGGAGAAAGGACAAUUUUAUGAAAUCAGAAUUAAGGGCAAUUUUGUGUAGAGGCUGUUCUUAUAACUGUCUCCAUUUUUUUUUGUUUUUUUGUUUUUAGUUGUUUUUCCUCUAGUCCCUGUUAUUUUAGGUAAUUUCGUUAUCUUUAGUUUGGGGAAAAUAAUUUUUGGGGUAGGCUGUUCUUACUGGUCUGUUCUGAUUUUCCCUGUUAUUUUUUUUUAUUUCUCCUUUUCUUUCUCUUUGAGCUUUGUCUGUCCUCUUUCUUGCUGUGUCUCCCUUUCUUUUUCUCUUUGAGCUUUGUCAUCGUUUCUCCUGCCCCCCCCCCUUUUUCUGCUAUUGUUUUUUUAUUACAUAAUUGGGGUACAUGUAUGUGUUGUAAACGGGUCCUGGUUUCCCUACUGCUGACAAUGGACAUGGUGGUUUAUAAGGUUUACUGAUUUAGGAAAUUUAGAGCACAGAUUCUCCUGCUCUUUCCUUUUCCCUUAGACUUUUGUCUGACCUCUUUUUUGGUGUCUCCUACUCUUGUCUUUUCUCUUGGUCUGUCCUCUUUGUUUGAUUCACACUUUUUACCCUUUCUCCUGUCGCUAUUGUACUGCUGUUUUAUUCCAUAGGGGUGGGGGGGGGUCUCUUUUUUUUUCUUUUUUUUUUUUACAAAAUUGGGGUGUGUGUUGUAAACGGGUUCAGGUUUCCCUACUGCUUAAAAUGGACUGGGGCGUUUAUAAUGUUCAUUGAUUUAGGAACUUUAGGGCAUGGAUUAUACAUAUGUUUUUAUAUGAAAGCCUUGUGCGUGGUAUGAUCACAUUUUCAUCUUAUUUGAAUGUUAUGCCACUGGGAAUUCAGAGUAAAUUAUAGCUGCAUCAGUGAGUGGGUAGUUACAUGUAAUUAUAUCUUUUAGUGCUUGCCUGUAUAUAUGUUAUAAUUGUAUGUGGAUUUAUAGUAAAUUGUGCAAUGCCUACGUUAAGUUAUUAUUGUCUCUGUCGGUUGUUGAUUUCUUGUAACAUGUGAAAUCACAGUGUAACUUGUAUCGUUCUACCUUUGAAAAUAAAGUUUAUAUUAUUACA